CACUCAAAUCCCGGUGGACCACCCUGCCCUACUGCAUUUAUUGACUGCAUCGGCUUUGAACUGGACAAAAACUUCUUUGAAACGAAGCUGCAACUACUGUUCUCUCCCAUUCUGUUGUGUGUUUUUGACCGUUGCAAACCUUUCAGGCCAUCUGGUUCGGGGUUGCUGAACAGUGGACGAUUGCAGUUGACUGGCUUUGAACUCCGUGGGCAUGCCAUGUUCAGCAACCGCGGUCUCCCCCUUAAGGCCGACACAGCCGAAUACGCCUGGCUGUUAGAGGUUACUUGUGGAACAAUAAGCGGUCAGAUCACCACGCCGCAAGUUUCCUCCCUAGUUCACUGCGUGUCGAACUUUGUCUUCUCCGCUCUUGAUCCUGAGAACGCCAUCCUACCCCGAAACAGCGGCGAACUCUGCCAGCACGCUUACCAACCUGAAGAGUGUCCCGUUUGGAUUGCCAAACCACCUGGCGCAGAGACCUGUCCUACUGAAUUGGUCCUGAAAUACCGCAUGCUGCGGUUCAACUUAGACGGCGUUGAACUGGCAGUACUUGAGGCUGGUACUUGUUUGGUGAUCAUGCUGGAUGCAGUGCGAGUGGCCCGAUGUAAUCUGCAUGACGUUCAUUCUCGCGAUGCAAUAUCCGUCUUUCUUCCGCGAGUUCAGUUUCUGCAAUUGGUCAGGCCUGUUGACGACCUCAAGGACAUCGUGAAAAAAACAGCCUGA